UGCAGGACUUCGACGAUCGAAGAAUUUGGUGCAUUGGAAUUGUUCCAAGAUCGAUGGCCCCUCCGUCCUGGCUCGGUCGGGGUUCGAAUCGAACGUGGUCGUUGCCGAAACCUUGCUAUCGCUCCGUUCAUUUCGACCUUAGCCUGACCAUGCUUGGAUUGUUCAUGCAGCGUCGAUGGGUGCAUGCGCUGCUAGUCCUGUGCAGCUGCUCGCUGUGGGCCACGGGCCUCGACGAAGAGUUCUUCGUUCCGGCCGACGUGACCGACCCAGUCGUGAACAGGACCGCCGAGGCGUUCGUGAACGAGUAUGCGUUGUUCCUGUCGGACGUGUUUGCAGUCGUGCCAGAGAGAACCGUGCUCGAGACCCUUGUGUACAAGCAUCCGUUGGCGAUCCGAAACAACGACGACGAUGAGCUCGUGUACGAGCCAGGGUUUACGUACAAGCUGCUUGUGCUAUUUAAGCUCCAGUGGGACUCCCCAGGGUUCCGGACGACGCCGUUCGUGUCGGUCGGCGAGUGCAUUUACGCGUGCGUGGAAGGCACGGACGGCAACUUGAGCUGUGAAGGGAAGCAAUUCAGCCAGGUCGAGCGCAAGGACGUGGGGGUCGAUGCCCCGGGUGCCCCACGUGCCCUCGAGUUUGUCAAAAGUUCGCUCAACCACGAGUACGACAACGCGCGCAUGACCUUGACGGCGUACGAGACCCAAGACGACGUCGAUCUCGUCGAGUACGUCCAGUUCCAAGUGGAGAACGAGCCCGUCAAGUGCGAGGCCGCGAUCUACACAAGACGGCGCACGGCCGGCGCCGCGACCAAGAAGGUUGUCUACUUUGACGAUGCCUGCAUCAAGGCCACGUACAAUGGCCUGAACCUGGACACGUUUGAGCAUAUCCAACGCACGGACGUUGGCAUCUUCCUCAUCGGGAUUGCCCUCGCCGCAGCCGUUGUGGCCACUAUCGUCGUGUACCGCCGACAACUCUUGACGGCUAAAGGAACGUACCGCAGCAUGCACAUUCGGUUUGGUGGCGACACAGUCUUGUAAUUUUCAACAUGGAAAACAACUCUACGCAA